AUGUCUUUGGAGAACCAGACUGCGGAUUUGUCUUUGAAAAACGGCAAGGCAAAGCCGGCCAAGCAGCCCAAGCAAAACAAGCAGCAGCCCAAAAAUAAGUCCAAGGGUGCUAUUGAAGGCGCGGCUCAGGUGGGAGUGACCAUCGACAAAGAGCUUGAUUUCCCCGGCUGGUACCAGCAGGUGCUCACCAAGGGCGAGAUGCUGGAGUACUACGAUGUUUCAGGCUGCUACAUCAUGCGCCCUGCGUCCUUUUUUGUUUGGGAGAAGAUCACCGAGUUUUUCAACAAGCGGAUCACUGAUAUGGGUGUCCGUAAUGCCUACUUCCCCAUGUUUGUGUCGUCGCGUGUUUUGGAGCGUGAAAAGGACCACGUCGAGGGCUUUGCUCCUGAAGUUGCCUGGGUCACGCGUGCUGGCUCCAGUGACCUUGAGGAGCCCAUCGCUAUUCGCCCCACAUCUGAGACCGUCAUGUACCCUUACUAUGCCAAGUGGAUCCGUUCUCACCGGGAUCUGCCUUUGCGUUUGAACCAGUGGAACUCGGUUGUUCGCUGGGAAUUCAAGCACCCCCAGCCUUUCCUGCGCACUCGUGAGUUCUUAUGGCAGGAGGGCCACACGGCACACCUUACCAAGGAGGGCGCCGUGGAGGAAGUGGAUCAGAUUCUGGACUGGUACGCUGAUGUUUACACUGAUCUGCUUGCUGUACCUGUUAUCAAAGGCCAAAAGACCUCCAAGGAGAAGUUCGCCGGCUCUUUGUUCUCGCGUUCGAUCGAGGGCUUCAUCCCCACCACUGGUCGGGGCAUUCAGGCCGCUACCUCGCACUGCUUGGGUCAGAACUUUAGCAAAAUGUUCAACAUUGUCGUCGAGGACCCCAGUGCCCCCGAGGGCACAGAGAAGGGCAAGUUGCAUGUCUGGCAGAACUCUUGGGGUUUGUCUACUCGCACCAUCGGUGUCAUGGUGAUGGUUCACUCUGACAACAACGGUUUGGUGAUUCCCCCGCGGGUUGCUGAGGUGCAGGUGGUUGUUAUUCCUCUGGGUCUCGACAAAAAGGCCACCCCCGAGACUAUUGAGCAGGUUACUGCUGCUUGCCAGAAGGCGGAGGCUGAUCUGCGGGCUGCUGGUCUUCGAGUCACAGUGGACGCACGCGACCAGCAGCCUGGCUGGAAAUACGCAGACGCUGAGCUUCGGGGUAUUUGUCUUCGUCUUGAAAUCGGGCCCAAAGAUCUUGCCAAGGGCACUGCUCUCUCGGUCCGUCGUGAUAACCGCGCCAAGGCUCCUUUGGCUCUUGACUCUCUUGCCGUGGAGGUCCCCAAGGUCCUUGACCAGAUGCAUAACGACAUGUACGCCCGUGCCAAGGAGCUGUUCGACUCGCACAUCAAGACUGUUCUCACCGUUGAGGAAAUGGGGCCCCUGCUGAACGAGCGUAAUGUCCUGCUUGCUCCGUUCUGCGGCGAAGAAGAAUGCGAGGACGUCAUCAAGGAUGCGACUGCUCGCCAAAACACCGAGGACGUUGACGAGCGUGCUCCCUCUAUGGGUGCCAAGACCCUCUGUGUGCCCAAAGAUCAGCCUGAGCUCAAGGAGGGCACCAAGUGCGCUGGCUGUGACCGUCCUGCCGUCGCCUGGACCCUGUUUGGUCGCUCGUACUAG